UUUUGUAGAUAUAGAAGUGUUUUCGCUAUAGUCUUUGUUAUCUCUCAGCUAAGCAAAGGUUUGGCAUCUGCUGAGCAAUCGCAGAAACAGCGAGGCGUAGAUAUCAACAAGAACUGUGAGCCGGUCAUGCAGGACGGGAAAGAAGUUCCUCAAAAGAUGACGUACCGAAUCGAUGACAAACGUUCUUACGGCAAACAUGGAAAAGGGUCUUUCCCUGUUCAGAGGAAAGCCUGUGAAAUCGAUGGCAGCAUAUCGCCCUCUUUGGUUCCAGGGCAACCGAUGGACUGUGCCGACAUCCAGGCUCGUGGGGCAAACGUCAGUGGUGUCUAUGCCAUAUACCCUGGGAAGCAUAUCAAUGUUUAUUGUGACAUGGAGACUGAUGGGGGCAAUUGGACGGUUUUUCAACGUAGAAGUGAUGGUUCUGAAAAUUUCAACCGUAACUGGUCUGACUACAAGAUCGGCUUUGGAAGUAUCUCUUCCGAGCACUGGCUAGGUAACGAUAUGAUUCAUCAGCUAUCGAAUCAGAGGAAUUACGAACUGAGGGUUGAUCUGGAAGACAUAAUAGGAGAUACUAGAUAUGCCAAUUACGACAUCUUUCGAAUUGACAAUGAAACACUUGGCUACAGCCUGACUGUCAGCGGCUAUUCGGGUAAUAUAGGCGAUACACUUUGGUACCACAAUCGGAGAAUAUUUCGCACUCCUGACAUGAACAACUUUUGCGCAAUGGUUUACAGGGUCGGUUGGUGGUACGGUCCUGCCGAUCGUUGUUUUACAGGUGUUUUUAUGGAUGAUGAUGGUAAACCUCUUCAUCAUCCGGGCGGGAUAUUUUGGAUAUCGGUGGUGACUCACAAGGUCAAGAAAAGUGAAUUGAAGCUACGACCUGUACCGGAUUACCCCACCAGUCCGAGCGAUUAAAGGGCAAGUCCAAGGGUGUAGGCUGGUUUGAGCAUGG